AUGAAACCCUCAGACUUUGACCCUGGCGGUGUGAGUCUGGUGAUGCUCCUGAAGGACGUGGGUCAGAUUAACUCCACGGUCCUGCGCAGUGGGAACCUGACCUCCAUCCUCAGACUCACCAUCAACGACGCUGGAGUCAGAACCAUCGCGGACGCGGCCUUCGGCUCCUUCCUCCACCUCGUUACGCUCCACCUGAACGGGAACAUGCUGUCGGAGGUGAGUCCGGGCUGGUUCGGAGACGCCUCCGUCCUCCAGGAGCUCAGCCUCUCUGGGAAUCGGAUAGAAGCCGUGAACGAGUCCACGCUCCGCGGCCUCGUGGGCCUCAGGACGCUGCGGCUGAACAAGAACCGGAUCAAGGACGUGCACCCGGACAGUUUCAGGUCCCUGGCGGCCCUGGCUGAGCUGGACUUGUCUGAGAACAACAUGACUCGGGUCUCGCCCCGGGUCUUCAGGUCUCUGGACUCCACCAGGAUCAGGUUGGACGGGAAUCCGUGGGACUGCUCCUGCAGCGCCGCGGACUCCGUGGACUCCCUGAAAGAUCUGCACCGUAGGUCUCUGUUGGACGGAGACAUGGACGUGACCUGUGAGACUCCUCCGUCUCUGAGGGGUCAACGAGUCUGGGACGUGUCCGUGUGUCCUCCAGGGAUAUCCUCCAGCCCCGCGUCUGGUGCGUCUCACUGCGCAUCAUCACCUCUAAUAGAUGCUACACAACAUUAUGACCACCGUCCUAAUGUAGAGGGUCUGCACUUCUUCAGUUUGUUCGUUGUUCUCCUCUUCCCUUCAGCAGUAGUUGCAUCGAACCCUCCACCACGGCCAACACCAGACACAGAAUCCUCCGUCCAGUCCAGACCACCGACCUCAACCCACGCUGCACUUUCAUCGUCACAAACGUCGUCCCACAUCGAUCCCUCUCCAACUACAGUCUCUGCAUCCACCGGGUCGUAUGGGACCUCACCUCCAUCAGGUGUAAAUUCCUCCUCUGACUCCAACAAAACCACAAACCAGCCCAGGACGUCCACUAAACCUCCACCGUCCUCUGAAGCCGUCACGUUUUCAUCCCAGCCUCCUCCGGACACAAACACCGUGUGCACACUCGUCGCUGUGAUCGCCGUCCUGAGUGUGCUGCUCUGCCUGGCCUGUUUUCUGGCCGUGUUGCACAGAAGGAAACGCAACAACAAAGCUGUGACGCCUGGACGUCCGACGGAAGAGGAGGAGAAGGAAGAAGACAGCGGACGGUCUGAGAACAGAGACGUGGAGAAGGCUGAGAGGAUCACAGGAGUCAGAGCAAAGUCUGCAAACGCAAUAAUCCUCACGUCUCCUUUUUGUGCAUCUGAUAAACAUGGAGCAUCUUCACAACCUGAGACUGAGGCCUCGGCUGCAGGAGAAAGCGAAGCAGCAGGGAAUCAGACAGAAGGUCUCACCAGCGUCUCCGACGUGAUGGAGGGACACGUUGUUGGUGGAGAUGAAAACAACCCUCAGUGUGUUCCUGCUGAUGUUUUACCGUACCUCAGCAUCGGCACCAACCAGAGCAGAGCCGACCCCCGUGAAGAGUCCACUCACGACCAGAGGCUGCAGACGAGGAAGGUCCUCAGGAGGAUCUCCACCUGGCCUCCGUCUGCAGCUCAGUGGAGGGCCAGGUGUAAAAUAAAAGAGGAGGAGGAGGAAGGUGACGACUUCGGUGAUUGGACACGAAAUGUAUCAGAGAAGUUUGAAGUGAAAAGGAUUGUGGACAAGAUGGAGAAUCCCUCAGCUUCAGAUCAGUCGGUAGGAACCAGUGACCAGAUUGAGGUUGACGUCCUCACCGAGUCGAGGCUGAAGGUGGAGGAGUCGGCUACAGCGAGAAAAACAACCGACGACUCCAAAAGCGUGAAUCAGUGGAAGGUCAGAGGGAAUCAAGACAAGAAACCCAGCUCGUUGGGCCAGAGCAGCACCAGGAGAAAGGAGGCGAGGCCAGCGGAGACCAGCAGGCAGAGGCCGGAGAACCGAAGCAGCGGCACCUCCCCGGACGAUGAGACCCUCCUCUCCGGCCACCAGUACGCAUUCAUGAACCUGCUGCAGGAGGUCGUCCAGAACAACGGCCGCUGGACCAGAGACCGGUGGAAGCAGACGCAGAUCAACAAGCAGCGGCGUUAGAGCAGAGGCACCGAACAGCUGGGUCAACAUGUAACCGAGGGACGUCUGAUAUAUCCUGCACGCAUCUGUAUUAACCUCUUGAGACCCUGCGUCCUCGUACGGUGACAAUUAGUUUUAGAUCUUAUUGCAGCUUAUUCUGCUUCAUUUAAACCUGUUGUCCUCGUUAGUGGACGCUUUAGUCUGCCAUCUAGUGGUGGCAAAGGGUCAAUACACUAAAAACAUGAUUCAUUCUACAGACGAUCACCGGACAAAACCCCAUCAAAUUCUACACUUAAAACUUAUUUAACGUUUCUUGUUUGAUAUGACGCGCAAAUUUAACUAAUUUUAUCAACAGCAACGAGUUACAACGUCGCUAAUUAGCAAGUACUCGUUUGAGGACGUUGGGACUUCAUUGUUCUG